AUGCCACGCCGAUUUACCCAGUCAUCCAAGCGCCGCACGUCCAUACUUUCCGGCUCGCUCAGCAGGGCAGGUCUGUUUGUGCCCCAGGACUUUGUCAAGAACGAAGAUUUCACCGCAGUGGUCACAAGCGACGACCUGGGGGAAGACGAACCGCUUUUGACACAAGUCGCACCAGAACCGUCAGUGCCGGACGAAACCGUGUCUGAGGAGGCCAAGCUGCUCCAGGCAAACAAAUUCCCCAUCAGACGCUACUCUGCGGUCGAAUCGGGCCCAAUUCCAGACGCUGACGACCGCGAAGCCAUUGACGAGUCUUGGGAAGAGGCCCUGAGAGAAGGAAAGAUCACCACAACGCGUCUUUUCGAGCUCCAGCGACUGUUUCUGUCGUCCAUCCCACUCGUCGUCACAUUCCUGCUGGAGAACUCGCUUGGUCUCUGCUCAAUCUUUGCCGUUGGCCAUAUUUCCCCACAGGCCUUGGCAGGAAUUACCCUCGGUACGAUGAGUUGCAACAUUUCUGCAUUGGCAAUUAUUUGCGGCCUGGCCUCGUCUCUUGACACGUUCUUGCCACAAGCUUAUGGAGCAGGCAAGUACAAAGUGGUGGGCUUGAUUUUCCAGAGGUGUUCCGCUCUGAUCUUCACAAUCAUGGCUGUUGUCUGUGUUUGCUGGUGGAUCUGGGCCGAGGUCGUCUUGAUCAAGAUCCUGCCCGAUGAGGAAAGCGCAAAGCUCGCCGCAACAUACCUCAGAGUCAUCACCUUCGGACUGCCAGGCUACAUCUUCUUUGAGACGGGAAAGAGGUUCCUGCAGGCACAGGGAAUCUUCCAGGCUUCCACCUACGUUCUCUUCGUCUGUGCUCCAUUGAACGCGCUACUCAACUAUCUUCUUGUCUGGGUGUUCAAGUUCGGCUACGUCGGAGCCCCAAUCGCUGUCAGUAUCAACUAUACGCUCAUGGCUCUUGGUCUACUUACAUAUACCAUCACAACCAACAACGAGGUGCGUCCAUUGAGAUGCUGGAACGGACUCACUUUGGAGAAAGCUUUUUCCAACUGGAAGGAACUCAUCAAGCUCAGCAUCCCAAACCUCAUUAUGAUCAUGUCUGAGUUCUUGGGCUUCGAGAUCCUCACUCUUUUGUCCAGUUAUCUCGGAACUGUUCCUUUGGCUGCCCAGUCCGUCAUCACCACCAUGGCUUCUCUCACCUACCAGGUCCCAUACGGAGUGUCUAUCGCUGCGUCUACAAGAGUCGCCAACUACCUGGGUGCAGAGCUUCCAAAAGAGGCCAGAAUUGCGGCCAAAAUGGUGUUUGUUCUCACUGCUUUUAUUGCCGUGGUUGACACCUCACUGCUUCUCCUCGGCAGAAGACAGAUUGCCAACCUCUUUUCCAACAACAAGGACGUUAUCGAGGUUGUGUCCAGUGUGCUUCCGCUUGUGGCCUUUAUCCAGGUUUUUGACGCUCUCAAUGCCACCAGUGCCGGCUGUCUUCGUGGCCAAGGUUUGCAAAGAAUUGGAGGACUGGUCAACUUGGUGUCUUACUAUGUCAUCGGAAUCCCGCUCGGCUUCUUCCUCAGCUUCUACUUCCCUAAGGACCAUCCUCUGGGACUGUUCGGCCUCUGGACUGGUUUUGGAGUCGCUUUGCUGAUUAUUGGUGCCAUCCAGAGCUAUUAUGUGAUCUCGGCCGACUACAUCCAGCUGGUCAAAGAUGCUGUCAAGAGAAGUAACACGCAUUAG